AUGAGGCUGAAGAGCACACAGACGCAGGCUCUGUCUGCGUCUGAGUGCUCCCCGGUUUCGGGCACCAGGCGACUGCCCGCCUUCCUUGCCGGCCCAGCGACAGCUGCGCCGCGACUCACGUGGGCCCUCAAGACGGGCUUUGCUGCUGAUGCAAGCCUCCGCUGCUGCUUCCCGCCGCUGUUUUGGGUCCCUUCUCUGGCUUGGGAAGCAGCAGCAGCAGCAGCGCCCCCAACAAUGGUUCCCAUGAGUGUCACAGCCUUCACGGCCUGGCUACUGCUGCAGAUGCAGCAGCAGCUGCAGCAGCUGAAGGCUAACUUGCUGCUUCCGCAGUGCUCGCCGCACUACCCAGGGAUAUUUUCUGUCCCUUUCACUCUAACUUCGCGCCGACAAGCGGCAGCAGCAAUAAGUGAAAGUAAUAAGAAGGCUAGCAACAAGCCGGAACAGCAAGCGGCAGGACCAGAUAGCACCACCAAGCAGCAGCAGCGUGCAGGAGCAGCAAGAAGAAGUGCCGAGCAGCAGGAUCUUGAAGCAAGCAGUAGCACCAAGCAGUUGUACCAAGCAAAAUCACCAAGCAGCAGCACGAAGCAACAGCAUCAGGCCGCAAGGCAAAGCAGCACCAGCAAGAAGCAGCCACGAGCAGCAACAAUAAACAGUAGCACCGAGCAGAACCACGCCGCAGCAACAAAAAGUAGCAGCAAAAAGCAGCAACAGCACGCAGCAGCAAAGAGCAGCAGCAACAAGGAACAGCAGCAAGCAGCAGCAGGCAGCAAGGAGCACCAGAAGCGAGCAACCACUGUACAACAGUUCGUUUGUCUACUUCCUUAG